GUCCUCUCGGCCGGAUGACUGACAGCGCCGGGGGGGAAGCCCCCUUCCUUCUCCCUGCUGCGCAACUUUGGAGCUCCUCUCCAGGGCGCGCGUCUCGGCGGCGACCGGACCGGCGUACGUCUUUCUUCCAAGGCCCGGAGCCUGGGGCGGCGGCGGCGGCAGUGUAUCUACUUCAAAGAGGGAGAGAUAUUUUGAAACCUAGGAGUCUUCAGAAUGUCGUACAGAAAAGAACUAGAGAAAUACCAGGAUCUGGAUGAAGAUCGGAUCCUGGCAGCGCUGACUGAAGAAGAAAUCAAGAUGUUAGAGGAAGAAAUGGUAGAGCUCGAUCCAGAUAAUGCGUUGUUGCCUGCAGGAAUGAGACAGAGAGACCAGACCAAGAAAACACCCACCGGCCCAUUUAAAAGGGACGACCUUCUGGCGCACUUGGAGAAGCAGGCCACCAGUACCAAAGACCGAGAGGAUCUGGUUCCUUUCACAGGAGAGAAAAGAGGGAAAGCCUGGGUCCCCAAGCAGAAGGCUAUUGAUCCUGUCUUGGAGAGCGUGACUCUGGAACCAGAACUGGAGGAGGCGCUAGCAAAUGCUUCCGAUGCUGAGCUUUGCGACAUUGCUGCUAUUCUUGGCAUGCAUACCCUGAUGAGUAACCAGCAGUACUAUGGGGCACUUGGAACCACAACCAUCGUCAACAAGGAAGGCCUAGACAGUAUAAUUAAGCCUACACAGUAUAAACCAGUUCCUGAUGAACCAAAUUCAACUGAUAUAGAAGAAACCUUAGAAAGAGUGAGAAACAAUGAUCCGGAACUUGAAGAGGUCAAUCUCAACAAUAUUAAG